GAAAAUCGGUAUUUUUCUAUCGUGGCUCGAGAUGUUUCAGAACAUUUCUCUCCCGCUGCAGUAGCAAUGGAUGACUUAUCUCAGGCUACUGAACCUCUCACUGCCACGAGAGUAGAAUCCAACAAUGAACAAAGUGGUAUUCCAGAUGAUAAUCAGCUAUUCCUCUUGUACUUCAUCAUGGGUACCUACUUUGGGCCUGAUCAAGGGGAGAGUCACCGAAAGUCAUUAUUGCAAAGAAUAGCUGAGGGACUUCCUCCUAAUACACUUGAUCAACUGGCUGGCACCCACAUGAAAACAGUGGAAGUAGAGCAGGUGUACCUUUAUGUACUUAGGAAGGCUGCUGAAUCUGUGGUUGUUAAAUUACCAUUGCUGCACCAGUUCUUCGAGGGCAAUGUCCCUGUUCAUGGACAAGACCCCACUGCCAGUUACCCUCAAUUUCCUGAUCUCUUUCCUCCACAAUUGCAUCAUCCUUCGCAGUUGAACAAUCAUUAUAAGAUCGUUCACAACAUUAUAUUUAUUAGCAACCCUGAGAUUUUUUACAUUAAGCCAGAGGAUACUGAAAGGUUCAAGAGGCUAACUGGACUCAGGAAUUUGCUUUUGGAUAGAGAUUCUGCAAGAUUGAAUACUUCUACAAAUUGUGGUGUUAUGUGUACUGCACCAGUGCAUGAGGCUGAAAACAGAGAGUUGACUCCCACCCGGUCUUCCCGUUUUUCUAAAAGAACAAGACGUUUAGAUGAUCUCCUCAGGCCACAGGAUCCUUGGCAACAUAGACAUGUUGUGGCAUCUGUAAGUAGUGUGCCAUAUAAUGCAAAAUCUAUGAUGUAUAGUUAUAUGGCUCCUCUGCCAACUGAUGAUAACUCUGAUCCUGUGGAUGUGGAGAGAGUUGGUCCAGCAAUUAUUAUUCUUCCUUCUCAUCCAACUAAAAAAGAGUGGACUAAUAUUGUAGCUGCUACGAAAAGUGGAUUGGCAUUGACUGGGAGUGCAGCCACAGGGCGGGUGGGACCAGUCAUAGGACUAAUGGACAUUGGAGAAUGUGAAGACUCGUACCUCUUUCGUGUCUCUCUACCAGGGGUGAAAAGGGAUGAAAGGGAAUUUAGCUGUGAAAUUGAAAGUGAUGGCAAAGUAUUGAUACGGGGAGUGACGACAACAGGUGAGAAAACUGUGCACCGGUACUCACAAGUGUUUGAGAUGCAGACGCAUAACCUCUGUCCACCAGGGCACUUUUCCAUCUCAUUUCAGCUACCUGAUCCAGUUGAUCUUCAACAAUUCAGUGGUAAUUUUGGCACUGACGGGAUUCUUGAGGGAAUUGUGAUGAAAGGGAGUCACAAGAGAUGAUAAGUAAGCCCAUGCCUUGUUUAAUUCUCUCUCUUCAGGCAUGACUGGGCACUGUAUAUUCAGUUUAGAAGUGCUACGUUGCUAGCGUUUUAAAAACCAUUGUAUAGCAUCUCCAUCUUUUAAUGUAAGUUUUUAUUUUCAAAUAUUUUUUUUCUGUUGAGACGUGAGAUGAUGGCUCAAUUUUGAUGCCUUUCAAAACC